UUUUACUUAGGGUGCCGGGUGGUCUUCUUUCUAGCAGUGCAGUGGACCCAAUAACACACCAGAUUUUCCGCGGGUAUCCCUUCAGGGUGAUAAAACCCUCUGCGUACGCUCAUCCCUCCUCCAUUACAACUUACAACUUACACCCUUCACUUCACUCCUCCUUCCGCUGCGAUCGAUGAUGGUCUCCACCUCCAAAUCCACCGAUUCCUCUAAUACCAGAAAUUUGCGGGGAGAGCAAUUUUCUGGUGAUUUAGGAAUCUUAACAUCAAGGAUAAAUCAACUGAAGAAGCAGAUUGAAGCAGAAAGGGCUCUUUUGAUUAAAGAAAAUGUUGAGAAGAAUAGAGAGAAGUUAAGAAGCGAUGUUUCUGAGCUUCUGUCAUUAGCUAUGCUUAGAACUGAUGGUUCGUCUGAUGGAGAGGGUAAGAUGCUUUCUUCAAGGAUUAAAAAUCCCCUUUGCCUUCUUACUGGCCAAAUAUCAAGUGAUGAUAACACCAACACCACCACUCAAGAAGCAGCUAUUUCCAUAAGUGCUAAGCUACCACCUGCAGAUAAAAUACCACCUUAUACUACUUGGAUAUUUUUGGACAGAAAUCAGAGAAUGGCUGAUGACCAGUCAGUUGUUGGGAGGCGACGUAUCUACUAUGACCAAAAUGGAAGUGAAGCUCUCAUCUGUAGUGACAGUGAGGAAGAGAUUACUGAACUAGAGGAAGAGAAACACGAAUUUUCUGAGGCAGAAAAUCGCAUCAUGAGGACGAUUUGUCAGGAUUAUGAGCCUAGUGAGGAAGUACUUAAAAUCUUGACACAACAUAUCGGUGGAAAUACUUCAGAAAUCUAUGAGGCAUGUAUCAUGCUGAAGACAGAAGAAGAAGAAGAAGAAAACCGAGAUGUGUGUACUUCUACAGACCAUGAGCAUCAUAGGAACAUAUCUCUGGACAAAAGCCUUAGUGCUUCAUUAGAUUCUCUUGAUAAUCUCUUUUGUCGGCGAUGUUUGGUAUUUGAUUGUCGUCUUCAUGGCUACUCUCAGUCUGUUAUUAUUCCUACCGAAAGACAGUUCUGCCCUCUUGAGUCUCAAGAAAAUGCAAAACCCUGCAGUGACCACUGUUACCUUCAGUUUCAAACUCAGAAGAAGCAUUCAGAUUGUGUGGAUGUCUUAAGUGAGACACACAACAGAACCUCAGAUCAGAAGAUCCAGACUGGUGUUGAUCCAGGGAAGCGAAAGAAAAGGUUGUCAAUUGAAGAUACUCGAGUUUGUGAUGAAAAAAGCAUGGAGAUGGAUGUUACCGAAGAUGAAACAACCAGAAAGGAUGAAGCAACUAGUUCUGGCUGUGUUUCAGCAGAUGUGAUGAAAGAUCUGAGUAGUGGAGGAGUCCAUUUGUCAAAUCCAGUAGUAAAUUGUGAAUGGAAACCUCUUGAGAAAGAAUUAUAUGUGAAGGGAUUAGAGAUUUUUGGGAGAAACAGCUGCCUGAUAACCAGAAACUUACUUUGUGGGUUAAAAACUUGUAUAGAAGUAGCCAGUUAUAUGUAUGAGAUUGGAGCAGAAACGUCAGUGAAUGCAUGCUCUAUGUUAAAUGGCAACGAGAGAGUGGAUGCAAAUGCUAAGGAGCAAGAGACGGGGUCAAGGUCAAGGCUGCUUCGCAGAAAGGGUAGAGCAAAGAAACUAAAAUAUUCAUGGAAGUCUGCUGGGCAUCCCUCCUCAAUCUGGAGACGAAUUGCUGAUGGGAAGAAUCAGUCUUGCAAGCAGUAUAUUCCAUGUGGAUGCAAAUCUAUGUGUGGGAAGGAAUGCCCCUGUUUAGAUAAUGCUACUUGCUGUGAGAAAUAUUGUGGGUGCUCGAAAAGCUGCAAGAACAGGUUCAGGGGAUGCCACUGUGCAAAGAGUCAAUGCAGAAGCCGGCAGUGCCCAUGUUUUGCUGCUGGCCGUGAAUGCGACCCGGAUGUUUGCCGAAAUUGCUGGGUCAGUUGUGGUGAUGGCUCCGUAGGAGAGCCCCAAAGAAGAGGAGAAGGCCACUGUGGUAAUAUGAGGCUCCUUCUCAGGCAGCAGCAAAGGAUUCUGUUGGCUAAAUCGGAUGUUGCUGGUUGGGGAGCAUUUCUGAAGAAUUCUGUGAACAGAAAUGAGUAUCUUGGAGAGUACACUGGUGAAUUGAUCUCACACCGUGAAGCAGAUAAGCGAGGCAAAAUAUACGACCGUGCAAACUCCUCUUUCCUUUUUGAUUUGAAUGAUCAGUAUGUGCUUGAUGCUUACCGCAAGGGAGACAAAUUGAAAUUUGCCAACCACUCAUCAAAUCCCAACUGUUAUGCAAAGGUGAUGAUGGUGGCAGGGGAUCAUCGGGUUGGCAUAUUUGCUCGAGAGCGUAUAGAGGCUGGUGAAGAACUGUUCUAUGACUAUCGUUAUGGGCCUGAUCAAGCACCUGCAUGGGCUCGCAAGCCCAAUGCUUCUAAACCAGAUGACAUUUUACUCCCUCAAGCUCGAGCUAAGAAGCACUAAUCUCUUUCCAUCUUGGUUGCUUGCCUGGAGAGGUAAAAAGUAGCUUAUGUAGCUAUUCCACGUUGGUGCUGGCAUAGCAGUACGUUUGUGCCCCC